AUGAUGUUUUUCACGUGGUAUGGGCUCGUGUUCAUCACCGUCCUCUUCGUCCUCCUCUCCCCGGGGAUGCUGCUGCAGAUCCCGGGAGACAACCAGCCAGUGGAUUUUCAGAACUGGCGCACGUCUCUGCCCUCCGUGGUGGUGCACGCCGUGGUCUUCCUCGCUCUCAUCCUGCUCUCCAACUGGCUCUUCCCGUCCUUUCUUCACGGGUAG